AUGAGCCGAAAAUUGAGUGAGAUUCUGAUCCUGACGCUGAUUUUGAUCCCGAGACUGAACUUCAGCUCGACCCAGACCCAAACCCAGGUCUUGAUCCUCGACUUCCCUCCCACCCUCCUCCCCCACAAAGAAACUCUCCGUAUCUGCAUCCGCACUGUAACCGUCCCCAUCAGCCUGUCCCUGCUCCUCCCCAGGACACAAAUCCAGACCGCGGCCCGAAUCCACCACUUCACCACUACUAUCCCCCUUCCCCUUCCCCUUCCCCUUCCCCUUUUUAACACCCCCACACUCUUCCCCCUCUCGACUCCCCGCUCCUUCCGCUUCCUUAUCCUCCUGGCCCGUCUCGAAAGCGGCUGCGUCUGCGUCUCUCCGGAGUGGAAAGUAAAGGGCAGCGGCACGACCAUAUCCCUAGGGGAGAAUUUUGUUCUGGAGGUGGGAUUUGGAAUGGGUGUUAGGUUUGCGGUUGGAGCUGGGGUUGGGUUUGCGGUGGAGUCUGUGGAUGAGGAUGGGGAUGGAGAUGGCGAUGAGACUGAGACUGUGUUUGGGUUUGCGCUCGCAUUGGUGGUGUUGUGGAGGUGGUGGGUGGGGAUGCGUCUGGUGGACGUGGACAUGGUCAUGGAUGUGGAUGUGGAUGUGGACAUGGACACGUGCACGGACACGGAUAUAUUUGGUGAUGAUAGCGAUCUGGAAAGUCUGGAAAUUGGGUCCUACUACUUGGUUUAG